AUGGAAACUAGGCCAUUGAGGAGCGAUAGCGAUCUCAAUUCGAAGAACGCCGAGACAAACAAUGGUAAAGACGCACUCUCACCGGCAGGGAAUGCAUCCGACCGGGACGGCUUCAUCUUCCCUUCAAGGGGUGUUUUUCCGUCAUGGGAAGGACUCGGCGAGCUUCUUCAUCAAGUUGUUCCAACUGACCGCUCUUCUCAAGCUCAGCAUGAAGGUGCAUCUUACCUUUCUCGUUUGUCUUCUGCACGAUCUUCGAAGAAACCUUCAGGUAGCCAGCUUGGGGCCUGUGCACUGACGAAGUUUCCGUCCUGGCAUGGACUGGAUAACGGUGUUCAAGUCCUGAAGGAACUGGGCGACGGGCAUACUGGUGAGAAGAUGGUGUAUAUUUGGGGUAAAUUGGAGCAGCUGAGUAUUUGUACAGCCAUGGGUUACAACUUCCUCUAUAGAGAUGAUGCGGAGGGUCAGUCCCCCCCUGCAGCUAUCUCACCAACCCCAACUAUUCCAGAUUGGAGAGGAUCCAUUCACUCUUCGCAUAAUUCUCUGAGUCAUGGCGAUUUCCCCGUACAUCAUGCUGAAGUUACAGGCGAGUUUCCUGGUCAAAUUGUAACUCCAACGUUGCAGCAGCCUGGUGUACAUCUCAUUGCGGAUGAAGACUGCUGUUGUCUCCGGGGACCCCAUGCCAUUGACUAUGAGGCCGAUAACAAUAGCAACGGUGUGUUAGCAAUAAAUUUCAUUAUUGGGCUGCACAAUAAGAGCGACCCACAUUCUCAAACCAGUAACUCAUGA